AUGAAGCUUAUUUUUGUGUCGGGUUUUAUCUUUUUUACUGUCAUUUUAAGUUCCUGGACUGUAUUAGCUUCAUCUUCUUUCAAUGUUCUCGAUUAUGGAGCUGCUGGAAAUGGCGAAACUGAUGACACAGAAGCUUUUGUGAAAGCUUGGAAGGAUGUCUGUGAAGCAAUGGAUGACAUUCCAACAUUGCAAGUACCUGCUGCAAAAAUUUACCUUUUGAACCCUAUCACAUUUGAAGGUCCUUGCAAGUCUGAACAAGUCAAUUUCGAGCUUAAAGGAACUCUAAUGGCUCCGAGCAAAGAUGCAUGGCCAAGUGAUAACGAUAAAUGGAUCCAAUUUGUGGACAUAGAUGGACUUACUAUCAAUGGAGGAGGAAAAAUGAACGGCCAAGGUUCUCUUUGGUGGAAAGGUUGUGAAGAACACUGCGAUCACCCAACGGCAUUAUUUUUCCACAAUUGCAACGGGCUUCAUUUACAGAAUACGGAACACAUUGACAGUGCCAAGAAUCACAUCUCCAUAAAUUUUUGCGAUGAUGUCACUGUCUCCGAUAUUCACAUUAAUGCUCCUGAAGACAGUCCUAAUACAGAUGGAAUUGACAUUUCUAGAUCAACAAAUGUUAUUAUUCAAAAUUCUUUCAUGUUAACCGGUGAUGAUUGUAUUGCCAUUAACAACGGAUCUUCCUACAUUACUAUCAAGGGGGUCACUUGCGGCCCCGGCCAUGGUAUAAGCGUUGGGAGCUUGGGAGAAGAUGGACAAUUCAACUCUGUCGAAAAUAUCUAUGUGAGCGAUAGCCUUUUGAAGAGAACUCAAAACGGAGUUAGAAUCAAGACGUGGGAGGAAAUGGGCAUAAAGGUGAGGGAUGUGACUUAUCGCGGAGUUAAUGGAACAUCAGCAGAUGAGAACGUAAUUACUUUCAAAUGUUCUCAAGCCAGAUGCACCAAUAUUAUAUUGGACCAUGUGGACAUACAAAUGUCAAAUCCCAAUGACGAACCCAAAGUGUUUUGUCAAAAUGUUAUUGGAAAAUCGAAAUCUGUCGUUCCUGCUGUUUCUUGCUUAUCAGAAUCUUAG